UUGAAUUGGAAAGUGGAGGGGAAUUCUGUCGCUGCAGCUGAAGAGAAGGCUGAGCCUCCUCCUCCAUCACAGACAGGUAUCACUUGGUUGGAGACUACGAAAGCACAAACGAGGAGUUCAAGUUUGUUUGUUUGUUUCACAUACAAAGCGCCUGGAUGAUUCGUUGAAAGAGAUUAUGUGCACCGCAUGAGCGCUCUGCCUUUACUUUGCAACAUCCAUCCAUCUGCAACUCGCUACUCCCCGCGCGAUAUGAUGUGGAUUAUCGUGGCUUUUCUCCUGACUGCGGCCGGUCCCGAAUGGAGCGAGGGGUGCCAGCUGCCCCACGACUGGAGACCCCAGACGGAGGCGUGCCGUGCCGAGCUGGCCGAGAUCAUCGUGUUCGCUAAGGUGCUGGCCCUGCACAAAGAGCCGUACAACUACCUGCCGUGGCAGAGCCCCACCGACUUGCUCUACUUGGCCGAGAUCGAGCUGCUGUGCGACCAGGCGUGGGGAAGCAUGCUGGAGGUCCCCGCGGGCUCCAGGUUUAACGUCACAGGCCUGGGCUACUUCUCCUGCUUCUCCUACAGUGUGACCCCAAACAACAAUUACUACUUCUUCCUCAAGAUGGAUGAAAACUACAACAUGGUCCCCCACGGAGUGAACUUCCAGGACGCCAUCUUCCCAGACACAGCGGACAACCAUCGCAUGUUUGCCAGCCUAUUCCAGUUUGCCAACUGCACGCCUGGUACUCAGGUCCAUAGCUAUACCCCUGAAUGGGAGGCUCAGGAGGACAGCAGGUUGUUGUGCUCCACGGUGCAGAAGGCUCUGUUCGAGGAGGAGGAGAAGGUGAGCACGCUCUCUCAGAAGGUGCGUUCGUUGGAGAAGGCCAACGGCCACCUGCGAGAGAAGGUGAAGACCAUGAAACGUCUGCUGCGCCAGGCCCAACGAGAGACGGCCAAGGAGCAACAAACGCUCAACCUCAAGCAGCUCUACGAGUCGAAGACAUCCCGAACGCAUCCUCAUCAGGACACCACCCAGGAUCAGAAGCAGCCGCCCCUCAAGAGGGCGCUGUCAAAGAAGUUAAAGAAGUAGAGCUAACGUCAAUGCGUGCUAACGAUCCUGCCCAAAGUCUGUCAAAAGCUGAUGUGGCUUUCAUUACAUUAACCAUCGUAAUAUGCUUAUUCCAUAAGAAUCAUCAUAUAGCAUCUUGAUAAGGCGUCGCUGACUUUAGCACUGCAUGGACAAACAACUUCAGCCCAUGAGUCCACUUAAGAAAAACCCUAAUGAUCAGAUUUCACUCAGUGAUAUCAGAAACAGAAUAAAAUCGAAAUGAACAACGACACAACUUAUAACUGACACACACUGCCGGGUUUCCACAGUUGGGUAUGAUGGUGUGAGGAGUGUUGUUGUUUUUUGACUGCAUUGAAGCCCUAAAGUUCAACUUCCACAUUUAAUCCAUCUGGGACCAAACUGUUAAUCUGAGGGGCAUCACUUCAAAUGAGUGGGCUAAUACUGCCAAAAGUCUUUACUUGAGUACGUGUAUUUGGUUAUGUUGUUGGUCAUGGCUGUAUGCUGGUCAUGCAAAUCACUUGUAUUGUUGAAGAAAAAAGUUAAAUGUGUGACAUUUGGAAGUACAUAUACUGUAUGUGAGGAGGACACAUAAUACUUUUUCUUUUUCUCUUAUUUUUGAAACUAUUUAUGUAAAAAACAUAUAAGGAAUUAUUUUUGUCAUUUUUGUAAUUCUACUCAUACAUAAGUAUAGUGUCAUUUUGUUUUUGAAAACAGGGUGCUGAGCACCUAUUAAUUUGAACCAGUGGUCAAAGAUGGGCUUUUUCUAAGUCACAAAAUGCAAUUUGUCGUUUAAAAAAAUACAGUUCUUUCUUUUCUUUUUUCUUUUUUUUGUGGUUGGCUUUGCUGCCAACAUAAUUAUUUGUGCACAUUACCCCUGCUUUCAUUGUUUAAAUGAAUAAAUCCGCGUUAACAUCA